AUGCAAUGCUGCAUCAGUGGGAAGCACGUACCGCUCUCGCGGUUAGAGACUCCGAUUCCGGCAGUUCUGGGGGACAAUUCCGUGGAGUUCCCCUCAUCGGUGGUGCGCCUUGACAGGGAAACCACGACGUACAGCAUUGCUAUUCUCGAGGCGGACGAAAGCUUGGCGCUUCUUGCCAGCUCUCUUGCGGAUGUUGAGGUACUACAUCUCACUUCCGGUGAAGUAAAGCAGUCUUUCUCGGGUCACAAAGCUGCCGUAAACGAUGUUGUUGAAGUGCGACCAGGUUUAGCUGCCUCUUGUAGCAUUGAUCGCACCAUUCAGCUGUUUGACCCAACGACGUGCGUCCGCAUGGAAACACUUCGUGGUCAUCGAGGUGCGGUCUAUGCGCUGUCAGCGGAUCGUGCAGAGGAGCGCCUCCUGAGUGCAUCCAGCGACGGCACACUUCGUGUUUGGUCAUGUGCGGCGUGUUGUUGCACACACACCGUGAAAAGGGUCCCUCCAGAUGGCGAUCUCCUGCAUAACGAAGUUUACGAUGUAGAGUUCAUGCAAUAUACUAGCUCGGGUUUGCACUUUGGUAUCGCAGCGACACAGCGGGGUUCCGUGGAGCUCUGGGAUCUGGGUCACGGUUCUACUGAACCGGUGAGCGUCUUCUCCAAGGACGUUGAGGGUGAAGUGCGCUGCGUCAAGGUGCUCGCAAACCAGAGCGGAAAUGAGUUCCUAUCGGGAGGCGAAGACCAUGUCCUUCGGCUCUGGGAUGCCCGAGUGGGCAACAAACCCGCGUAUGAGUUUCGCUUGCAUCGGGACUCUAUCUGGGGCCUAGCCACCGAUGGUCGACGGGCUGUGACCACCUCAGUACGUGGGCGAGCCAUCUUUUGGGAUAUUAGACUCCUGAAGCCGGAGAGCCAGCUGCUAGGGUUUGGCCCUUUCCGUUGUGUGUCAUGUGCACCUAGUCGCCGAACAUAUCACUUGGGCAACUUUUACGGCUAUAUCUAUAGCGUUUGGACCGCGAAAAUCCCCCCAGAGCCACUGAAGGACUUCCCUGACAACGUGUCCCGGGAUGAACCUCCCUGUAUGGCGAAUCGACGCUUUCACAACCACACAAGUAAGAGUUCCCAUGUUCAGGAAGCAUCCUCGGUUCCCCAGCGACGGCAAUCUCGUAGACAAACCUGCCCCAUUACGUGA